CGAAACCGAAUGAAACGAAUGACAUAAAGUUUGCUAUAUAAGUUCUAAAGUAAAGUAGGUUCCUGUUUAGUAAGUUUCAUAAAGCUACCUAUUUUUAGACUACUUACCAUAGACCACGUAUAAACCUGGAUACUGCAAACUACACUACAUACCGAUUUUUGAGGAAAUACACCAAUUUUCCGGACUAUUGAUAAAAUAUUGGAAUAGAAAAUAGUACUUGAUUUCAAUUCUGUACUGGAAGUGUCAUAUAACAACGUUUUUAUAUACGAAGAAAACAACUGUAGAUUAUAAAAACAUACCAGAAGGUCUUUUUCGUCCGUGGCUUAUUUUAUUCAAUUACUUUUUAUCACAUUGUUAAUUAAACGGUUUACAGUGAAAGUUCUCACAUACGUUUUUUCUUUUGAAGUUUGUCAUUAAAUUCUGGCAGGUGCUUGUUGGCUUCGCUUUUCAAUUUACAGAGUUGUUUAACGUUUGUACUUUUAUUUUUAGUUUAUAUAUUUAUGUACUUGCCUCUAUUAAGGAGUCAUCAUCACGACAACGUUUUCCCAUAUGUUACAAACACUGCUGGGGUCGAUCCUAUCAUUCGACUAAAUGACCGCCCCGUUCAGCCGGACCCAAGUAAACACAUUUAUCAAGAGAAGAAGCUUUCUCGAUGCACAAACUUGACUUACCCUGCUCGAGAAUGGAUUUUGCUUUCUUCAUGUUCUAGCCUGCGGGUUGCAUUAGCGCUUGCAGAACCCGUUUUGUAUUUGCCUGGAACCACUUCAAAUGAAAUUGAAAGUGAAAAAUCAGCAGUUUUACGCGGAUCUCUCUGUUUGCACGUAUUGAAGCCAGUUAAGCUUCGUAAGGUGCAGCUUACUCUUCGAGGGAAAGCUAGGACUGAAUGGCCUGAAGGAAUUCCUCCUAAGUUAUUUGAGACGUAUGAGGAACAUAGUCUCCUAUCGCACUCUUGGUUAUUUUUUCACACUGACAACCCAGGAAAUAAUACGAGUCAUGGGGCCGUGUGGUCUAAGAUUAUCCCUCCUUAUACAGAUGAGCAUCAUUAUCCCCGGACACCUGAGUGUUUCUAUCCAGGCGAAUACGUAUACCAUUUUGAGUUACCCAUUUCUUGCUCCUUUCCUGAAUCUAUACACAUGGAUAUGGGGAGUGUAAAUUAUUACUUAGAGUCCCUUGUCGAUCGCUGUAGUACUUUUUCUGGAAAAAAGACUGGCCGGGUGAGUUUAGAACUUAUUCGGAGUCCCUGUAGUUCUAGUAUCGCUGCUGUUGAACCUAUUCUCGUUUCGAAAAAUUGGGAAGAUCGCCUCAAAUAUGAAAUUCAAUUGGGAGAGAAAUGUCUCAUUAUGGGACAGUUGAUACCUAUCCAAUUUAAAUUUACUCCUCUUAGUGCCAUACGGAUUCAUAAAAUUCGUCUGUUUUUGACGGAACGAAGAUACUAUUAUUGCCGACAACAGACUAUUCGUCGUAAAGAGAAAACUAGACAGUUGCUGUUGUACGAACGAUCGGCUCCUCGUGAUGAGUGCUUGCUUUCUCAAUGGAAGUCGUUGGGAGGGAAUACCUAUGAGAUGCUGGAUCAAUUGCGGAUUCCGGGUUGUCAUGAUAUGUCUGCUAAUAUUGUGCAUUUUGAUACCACUUACCGAAAUAUUCGAGUCACACAUACUUUACGGACCGUGCUCCGUUUUUCUUGCAAUGAUUCUCCGGAAUUAAUGGGUGAUGCAAAAUUUUUGGAAAUUUGUAUUGAUUCCCCCGUUCAAUUGCUAUCUUGUCGUUGCUCACAAGACUCUACGAUACUACCUGCCUAUUGUGCUCGUGUGCCAUCUAGUGAGGUACUAUGUGCAUAUGAAGGCACGCCAAUUUAUAAUCCUGCCUCUUUCUUAGUUGACAACCGCCCGGAAUUUGUCGAUACAUCUUCUCCAUCUCUGGAUGAAUGGCCGUCUGUUUCUUUUCAGGUGCCCCCGCCCAAGUAUGAUGAUAUAUUUGAGGAUGGUUUAACGGAAUAAUGACUCGAGCACAUAUGUGUUCGAUGCUGUAUAUAAAAAAGGUUUAAUGGAGGAAUUUCGUUGUACUUUUUUUCUAACUUUCUUUGACGGACCAUAUCCUUGUAUGUAUAUAAUCUGCUUUUAUUAGUUUACUCUUAAGUAUAUUUCCUUAAGUUGAGAUAUCAUAUAUCAAUUAUUUAUAAUUUAUAAUUUAAUACCUACUUUUUUGAUUAAUCAUAAUAAAUAUUAAUUUAUGUUAUCU